AUGCUCCUCCGCGCCGGCCUCCCCCACCUCCGCCGCCGGGCGGCGGCGCUGCCCCGCUCGCUCGCGCCACGCCGCCUCUCAUCCGACCCGCCGCCGGGCGCCGAGUGGACGGACACGGUCGACUACCUGGACGAGACGGGGGAGGUCCUCUCGUCCGCGCCGGGUGCGCGCCCCGCAGUACCAGGCGCCGAGCCCACCAUCCUCUCCGGCACCUCCGCGCACCCACUCCCUCGCCCCGCCGCGGCGGCCCGCCUCGCCGCGCUCGCGCUGCGCCUCCGCUCGGGGCCGUCCCUCACCGCCGCGCUCUCCGCGCUCCCGUCCCCGCCGGACCCGGCGCUGCUCCUCCUCGCCGCCAGCUCGCUCCCGGCCUCCGACCCCGUCCCGCUCCUCUCCCUCGUCGCCUGGGCGCGCACCCAGCCCUGGUUCGCGCCCUCCGACGCCCUCUCCUCCCUCGUCGCCGCGCGCCUCCCGCCGUCCACCCACUCCUCCGACAUCCUCUCCCUCUUCGACGACGCGCUCGCGCACCCGGACCCCGCCGCAUUCCCCAGGACCCUCAACGCCGUCGUCUCCGCGCUCGCCACCCACGGCCUCCUCGAGCCCGCCUUCUACUGCUUCAAGCGCCUCCGCGACGCCGGCUUCCGCGGCCUCGCCACGCCCGCCUGCAACGCCCUCCUCUCGCUGCUGCUCACCAGGGGGCUCGCCUUCAAGGCCUUCGAGGUGCUCGAUGAAAUGUCGGUAUGUGGCUGCGCGCUCGACAAGGGCACUUACGAGCUUGCCGUGCCUGCGCUGGCACGCGCCGGCAGGAUCGACGCCUCACGGAAGCUGUUUGAUGAAAUGAGGCAGAGGGAUGGGGUCGGGCCUGCGUCACCGGCAGUGUACAGCACGAUGGUGGACGUGCUGGCCAAGUCCGGGAGGCUCGACGCAGCGAUGGGAAUGUACCGGGAGAUGGUGGCGGUGGGGCACAGGGUGAGCACGGCAGUGAGUACGGCCAUGGUGGAGGGGCUCGUGAAGGCUGGGAAGCUCGAUGCCGGGAUGGAGCUUUGGGAGGAGAUGAGGCGAGGAGGGCUCCGGCCAAGCUUUGGGUUGUACACCAUGGUGGUCGAGGCGAAUGCACGGUCAGGGAGGCUGGACGUCGCUGCCAAGUUGUUUGGAGACAUGGAGAAGUCCGGCUUCUUCCCUACUCCUGCCACAUAUGCUUGUCUGGUCGAAAUGCAUGCUUCAGCAGGGCAGGUGGAUAUUGCAAUGCGGAUGUACCACUCGAUGGCAAAUGCAGGGACAAGGCCGGGGCUGAGCACAUUUACAGCGUUGCUGACGAUGCUGGCGAACAAGAGGCUACUGGAUUUGGCUGCAAAAGUGUUGCUUGAGAUGAAGGCGUCAGGGUUCCCAAUCGAGGUGACUGCGAGUGACCUGCUGAUGAUUUACAUCAAGGAUGGGUCAACGGAGCUCGCACUCAAGUGGCUGCGGUUCAUGGGCUCUGCUGGGAUACGGACCAAUAAUUUCAUCAUCAGGCAGCUCUUCGAGUCUUGCAUGAAGAUGGGGCUGUAUGACUCGGCACGUCCUCUGCUCGAGACGUAUGUUGGUGCGGCGGCGAAGGUGGACAUGAUACUCUACACCUCCAUCCUCGCGCACUUGGUGCGGUGCCAGGAUGAGGACAGCGAACGCGCAAUCAUGAACAUCCUGAGCGUGAGCAGGCACAAGGCGCAUGACUUCAUGUGCGGGUUGUUCACUGGGCCUGAGCAGCGCAAGAAGCCCGUGCUCUCCUUUGUCCGUGAAUUCUUUCAGGGCAUCGACUAUGAAAAUGAGGAGAAUGCGGCGAGGUACUUUGUGAACGUGCUCCUCAACUAUCUGGUGCUCAUGGGGCAGAUGAACCGUGCACGAUGCGUCUGGAAGGUCGCCUACGAGAAUAAGCUGUUCCCCAAGGCCAUCGUUUUUGACCAGCACAUCGCCUGGUCCCUGGACAUCCGGAACCUUUCUGUGGGAGCAGCGCUCAUCGCGACAGUGCACACGCUCCACCGAUUCAGGAAGCGGAUGCUCUACUACGGAGUCGUGCCGCGUCGCAUCAAGCUGGUGACAGGGCCGACGCUCAAGAUGGUGGUGGCCCAGGUGCUAGCAUCACUGGAGUCGCCAUUCGAGGUAAGUAAGGUUGUCCUGCGGGCACCUGGGGACUCAGUGCUCGAGUGGUUUAAGAAGCCAAUUGUGCAGCAGUUCCUGCUCAACGAGAUACCGUCCAAGUCAGACGUCCUGAUGCACAAGCUCAACGUUAUGUUCCCUAGCUCAGCACCAGAGGUCCGGUCUCUGUCCCUCCCUAGGCCCCUUGGCAUGCCACGGUGAUGGUGCGAGUUUCUGUGCACAAACCGUAGCAUACUGUAUACUGUAGUUUUUUGCCAAAGCGUGAGGAUUCUCACUCUUCCCUCUCUGUUUGUACGUGUACAACAAUGCAAAAUUCAAAUGGUUUAUGGUACCAUAAUUGUUAGAAAGAGAUAAUGCAAAUGUUUCCUGUAGUGAAGUGAGACUGAGAGCUCACACAUGUUUGUGGCAUGUAAUUAUUGAAUUUCAUCUUAUUUAUAUGAAAACAGAUGUUACAUAC